UCUAUCUACUCCCCUUCUCCACAAAAAUCUCAGUUUUUUUAAAAAUUUCAGAAAUGGCUGAUGCAUUGACAGAGGAGCAGAUUGCUGAGUUCCGUGAGGCUUUCUCUCUCAUCGAUAAAGAUUCCGAUGGGAUGAUCACAGUGGAAGAAUUGGCAACAGUGAUUCAAUCUCUGAAUGAGCAUCCAACAAAAGAAGAAAUUCAAGAAAUGAUGAAUGAGGUUGAUGCAGAUGGAGAUGGCACUGUGGAUUUCGAGGAAUUUUUGAGUAUUAUGGCAAGAAAAAUGAAGGAAAAUGUUGCAGAGGAACUGAAAGAAGCUUUCAAAGUUUUCGAUCGAGAUCAAGAUGGAUUCAUAUCAGCAAUUGAGUUGAGGAAUGUGAUGCUGAAUCUCGGAGAAAGAUUAAGUGAUGAAGAAGCUGAACAAAUGAUAAGAGAAGCUGAUUUAGAUGGGGAUGGGCUUGUUAGCUAUGAAGAAUUUGUGAGGAUGAUGAUGGCUUCUGCAGCUAAUUGCUAGUUAGAUCAUGUCUCCUAUUUAAUUUCUUUUAUUUAUUUACAUUUCAAGAAUUUCCGAUAAUUUGCUUUAUUACUAUCUCAAUUAUCUAGGGACUAUUAAUAAGAUAAUAUGGCAUGUGUAGUGUAAGCCAGAAUUACGAUAUGACAUGUACAUUAUUACUAGCAUCCUAAUAAGUAAU